GAAGGAAGUCUUCCCUUGCCUACAUUUCUGCAAGGCUGUUCUCUCAGCAUGAAGUUCAUCUGGCAGAGUUAAGACUUACAAAGACAGAGCAGAAGGAGGAUUGGUACUGAACUCAUCCAUCUGUGGCCAAAUAUGAUCAGCUCUGCUAGUGUUUAUUAUGUGCAUUACACCAUGCAGGCACAGUAUUUCUUAGGGUGUGGUUUCUCCAGAGCUUUAAUCCAGAGUAAUUGAAGGUUGCUAGUGAGCUAGUAAUGGACCUGCUUCAUUUCCCCUGGUCUACCUAUUCUUUCUGUCUGUUUCAUCCUUUGUGCAGGCACUGGAGUUCACCAACCCAGGGUAACUGAAAACAAACCCUCCUCUUUUUGCAUGGUUUUUGUUGGUUUUUUUCACCCCAGCAUCCUGUGAUCAGAGUCUUCUCAUGGCUUUGUAAGCACUGGUGCCAGCACAAAGAUGAUGACAGAAGGGAGCAGAGAGGGACCCAAACUACCACUUUGUUUGAGUAACCUUGAAGCAGGCACCCUCAGUGUUUAUGUAGGUCUUCUAAGCUGGGCAACACACCAAAUCCUGAAAUAAGUCCAGAGGCCAUGGCUGACCAAACAUCAUCAUGCUUCUCUUUUGCUGGUUAUUCUUGAUGACUCCUGUGAGAGGAGCUAGAGUCAGGGUUUACUGUGUUUAAGUAAAACACAUUUUAUGUAUAAGAUCGAUUUUCCUUGAUUGUCUGAGGCUGCUAGGGACUCUGCCUGCUUUCUUCAGGUCUGGCAUGGAAGAAAUUCACUCUCUAAGAUUAUUUCAUAUUUAUGCCAGCUAAGGAUUUGAGUUCUGAAUGCAAGAAACUUUUUUAGUGUAGUUGAUGAGCAUGCACAUCUGCAGUUGCUGAUACUAAGAGUGUAGAUAGAAAAUACCAUGGUAAGACUCUGCUUCCAGUGUUUAAAAGAUGAUCACCACAGAAAAACCCAAAUGUUUAAAUACUCCAUUCUGUAGCUGCAUGUCUUGCUUGUGUUGAUUACACAAAAGUAAUACAGAUAAUUCAGAAGAAAUACCAUGACUAAAACUACUGAAUGGAGUACUGAAAGUACUCUGCUCCCUUUCUUUAAAACACUUGGCAGUAAAGCUAGUCCUGUCUUUUUUAGCAUUUUUGAUAGGGAGAAAAAGUAUUUUUGCUUGCUUCAAGAACCAAGACAGAGACAGAGUAGGAUGGAAAACUGUUGAUGCAGCUUUCCUGACACAACAGGCUAACACUGUAGGAAAAAUGGGAGCAUUCAGAUCUUUAUUCGUGGGUUAUUAGGAAAAAAGCUUGAUCAUAGGUAAUAAAAAUGCAUGUCAAUUUGAAUGCCGUAACUGUCCACAUACAAGCUGACCUUUUUCCUCUUCUGUUAUUUUUCUGGAGGAGUGUUGCUUAGCAGAGCUGUGCCUAAUGCAAUGGGACUGGUUUGUGUUAUGCUGACUUUGUUAGAGAACAAUUGGAGUUGGACAGAAAAAUGAGAGCAAAGAGCCUUUCUAAGAUUGUUCUGGCUUGGGCUAGAUAGCAAGGUUGUUGUCAGUGAAAGAACAAAGUUUGAGCCUUUUACCACACAGUUCAGAGAUCAUUCUGAGGAUCUGGUUUCCUUUUUAUCAAAUAGCAGGCAGGGUUGUAUGGAAGACAGUUGGCCAAAACCUGUUAGCCCUCUACUCGCUUGACUCUUGAAACAACUUGCAGUUUACUAGUCUGAUUCCAAAUGGGUAGCUGUUCCUGGGAGCAAGCAAGCCAUGCAGCUAAUAUUCAUUAGCAUAGUACUUGUUAAAUUAAUAAAGGUAAAAAUUAAGCCACGUUGAAGGUCUCAGAGCAGCGGCUUUGGUGAUGUAGGUGACAAGAGCAAGGUUAGGGACCAGGAAAACUUGGAUCCCAGCACCUCUGCCCUUCUUGUGAUGAUUUGACUGUUUCUCUUACCUACUUUCAUUAUUGUUCUAGUAAUGGCAUGACCAAAGUUUGUACUCUUUAUGGUAGAAGUCAAAGUGUGGUUUUUCUUACAGUCAGCAGGUAAUACAUAUUUUUUUGAAGACUUCAGGCUCUGUUGCUAGUGCCAGCAAGCUGGGUUUAAGUCCAAUGUUUUUAGAGACAUGCCUGUUUUUACAGUUGAAUUUUUGUGCCUUAAAAAGAAACAAGCAAGUUAUCAUAAAUCUUCUUUGAGAGCUGUAUUAAUGAGGAAUAUAUUGAUAUUCUGGGAAUCUACUGGUGGCUUUUUUUCUCUUCCUGUUAUUUUAAUUAUGUUCCUGCAACCGGAGUUUGGCUAUGACUGCCUGUAAAAACAGUUAGGACCAUAUUUGAAUGAUUUAAAAAAACCCAAAACUCUCCUCAUCCAAACAAUAAAGCAGCACUGAGCUUUUCUGAAUGCAGAUCCAUGGAUGUUUAUUUGUGAUACUAGUACAGAAGCCAAAGUUCAAAAUCUACUCUUCCUCUGAAUGUGAUGUUCUUAUUUAAUAAACUUAAUUGAAUGGAUCCUGCAUUUGUAUUUUUAUUCUGCCAAUGGGAGAAUGCUUUAUAUUAAAUUUAUUUGUUUUAAGGUAAUUUAGAUAUUUUAAUUAUUCUUUACCCUAUUAAAUCAGAGUAGAAGUUCUUCCAGCUUUGCUUCCCAUCUCUCACCUAUAUUUAGAUAUUCAUGAUAAAGUAAGCAAUAAGAGGUUUUCUACUGUGUUUGGGGAGAUCUGGACUCAGGUCUUUCUUUUAGCAAACUAAUACAAUCACCUGCCCACCAUCAGUUUUCAUAUUUCAACAGAUUUUAUUUUUCCCAGAUAAUUUUUGUCAUUCUUCUGAUUGCCAGCCAUGUCUCCCAGAACUGCAUUCCUUGUUCUUGUGACAUACUCUUAAUAUUCAUCUCUACAUCUAUUCUCCCAAUUACGUUCAUAUAUAUAAAACCAGAUUAUAAUUGCAAAAAUGGGGUUGUCUGUUGCAGUGUGCUUUGGCUCCAGUGGAAUAUUCUCAAUAUAAUUAAGGAUAUUCUAAACUUAAUGUAAAAAAAUAUAUGUUUUGAAUCCUAUAUCAAUAAAAAACUUGCAAAAUUUAUUUUUGCUUACCUUGCUCUCUUGUGAGAUUAUUGCUUUUUUCACUUCACUCUACUUCUGCACUUGCCUGCUGUUUGGAGUAAUUUGAUUGAAAUUUAGUCAACCACAGCUCUUCAGCUCUAUGUUUAGUCCCUUGAAGCUUUAGGAGCAAACUAAUGGAGCUCCGUCCUGAAAAUAUUUCUGAAUUGUGAGGUGGAGCUUAGGACUUGACAGAUUCUGCCAUCCUUCCAACCUGGAUAUGUCUGUGCAUGAUGAUGAAUUAGGCAUAUAUUGGCCUGCUUUUUCAUGGCUUUUACUGCCAUGCUCACCCUAAGGAUUGAAGCUUUAGUGGCGGGGAGUGCAGCUGGAGCUGAAGAAUAGAAAGUGUGAGUAAGAACUGUUUGCUCUGUGGAUCAGGCAAAACGGGAAGACUGUCACACGCUUUCUGGCAGUGCUCCAAGCUAACUGCCCUGUGCCACACCUGACUCAGCAGGUAUGUGGGCUGCCUUGUCAUGUGUGCCAGCUAUUUUCAUAUUCUUCUAUGAAUAACUUUAGAGAUAAGUGGUUAUUGAAGUCUGUAUGGGUUGCCAAGGUUGAUCAUAAAUUCAUUCCUCUUCAUAGAUUCUUCUGACACUCACUGAUUGCACUGAUUUUACUUAGGCAUCUCUUUAUCACUUUAGUGGGUUACCAUCUCCCAUAUCAGCACACCUGGAUGGUAGCUAUGUGGGAGCUGAGGUCUUCUUGUAGGCUUUACAGACUCCAGCUCUGCUCAAACUGACAAUGGCUGCUAAAUACUGACUUUGCUGGUUUAUUGCUUUCUUUCAUCAAUGUAAUUUCCUUUCAUUGUGUUAGAGGCUUUUUCUUGGCUGAUGCUUUUCUGCAUAUUUCAGGGAUAUUUUUGUUUUGUUUGCUGUUACUUAUAGCUGUGCCACAGAUAUCAUUGCAGUUGUGUAGAUAUCAAGUUUAACAGCUUAUACUUUUUGUCUCUGAAUCUCAAAGGCACCACUGUGACAUUCUGUACACUAUAAGCCAUGAUGUGUUCUGCUCUGUUAUGGAAAACGUGCACUGGUUUAUGGCAUGAUGUUCCCAAAUGGCCAAGAUGGAGAGGAAAAUAACACUACAGUUUCUUUUGAUGUUACAGGGCAGCCAUACACUCAAACUACAGUUUAAUCUUGUACUCAACACCCCUGGUGUCCUUGUCUUGUCCCAAGAUAAAUAGCAAGUUCCAAAAGCAAGAUGUAGGAGAAGUCACUCCAGUCCUUAUGAAUGUGAUGACAAAGGCACAAGGCUUCAUGACUUUGCUCAGCAGAAGACAGAAAUAUGCCAGUUGCUUCAGUGACUCUGCAGUAGGAUCAUGGAGCACCUGACAGUGUUGCACUUUUUAAAAUCAGGUAUCUGUCUGAUUAGUGUAAAUGAUUCAGUGACCAGAAUGUUCUGUGGAAGGGAUGGUGGUUGAAAGUGUUUCUGUCGUAACGUUGUCUGAGCAUGUGGAUUUCUUUUGGGAAAAGCUGCUUUCUUGGGGAGGCUGUGUCUUCCUUCUCCCCUCUGUGAUUGCUGCCAAGCAGAUGGAUACCUUUUGCAAUGUGGAAUUCUUUACCCCUUUUUCCUAGUUGCAGUUAUAUUGUCCUUUCACAGGAUGUGUCAAAAGCUGGAAAAAGUGACUGGGGCUGUGUAGCACAGCUUUUUGCAAACUGUGUGGUGAAGAUACUAUACUCACUCAGAGAUCAAAGCUUAAUGGCAUGAAUUGAGCUCAAAUGUCGCAAUUAUUUUAGCAGGAUGUUCUAUUAUUUCUACAUUCCACUAGAGAGAACCAUUCUAUGAGAGCCAAAAAAAAAAUCAUCUGCCAAUAUGGACUAUGGAGUUUUGGACAUUGGCCGUGAUAAAGCAAAUCACAUUUUGUGUUUGCUUUUGCCAAAGAAUGGACUAGAUUCUUGCCUUUUUGUUCUUCCACAGGCAAAGUAAGGGGCACUCAGUGUAAUGUUGGAAGUUGAAAUGCUUCAUGUAUUUCACAACCUUCUAGUGGAAGCUGGUUUUUUUUUUGGGUUUUUUUUUGUAAAAUAGAUGACUGCAUUUCAUCUUGUGUAUCGUACUUGACACUUAAGCAAUCCUCUUGCCUAAGUGCAUGCCACAGUCCUUUUGCAUGUGCAAAGGGACUUAGGGUAAGUCCAGCUAUGGUGCAUGCAAACUUGACAUCUUCCAUUGCAUUGGAGUGGUGCUUGUUUUCAUCAAUGAGCCCUCUAUAAGCAUGCUAGACAUAAUGAGAACCAGUUGUUGUGGUCAUUCUGGUAGGUAGAUGUUGCUGACCUGUGACAGGUUUUUCAAAAUUACUUGGCAUGUUGUGUCACAAGGGAAGGUUGUAAAGCAGCAGCCAUUUUUGAAAAUGUGCAUGUGUGUAAAUGUUUUAAGGAGGCACUGAGGACUCUGAAAAAUGUAGUCCAGUCUUUAUUAUGGAGCAGUUUGUAAGCUAGUGUUUUCCUCUGUGAUGAAAGUGUCCCAUGUGAUUUUUUUUUCUGAUUGGUAAGGAUAGGCCCACCAGUGUCUCAGAAAUAUAUGCUAGGAGUUUGGCUUUGACAGGAGAGGCAAGUUAGAUACUCUGGACAGUUUAGGACCAGAAGUGUCAGUGUUCAUUGUAAUAAUUUUGGACCAGGUCUUUCAAAAUUAUCAUCUGCUCAUCUGUUCAUAGUGGAGCAUUCAGAAGAACUCAGCAAUAAUAUACUGACUUAUGAAAUACCUGUUUGCUCAGUUCUCAUGCCAAGGCUAAAUAACUUCAGAAGCCCCUUGCCAGUUUGCCUGAAGAGUUGGGAAGUCAGAUUUCUGCUCCUGACAUGACAUUGUGUUGACCUUGAGUUGUUUCAGAGCAAGAUCCAGGCUUGCUUCUCUGUAUAGUACCCAGUGCAGCAAGUAGAACCUAAUACUGGGCUUGGGUUCUGUCACUAGUUGUUUUCAUAGCAGUUCAAGCAGGUUGUGAAUACAUUUUAUUGGUGGCCUGUGCUGAAAGGAGUCCUUUUCCAUUGAUUGUCUCCAAUAUUCUGUGAGGUUGGAGCCCCCUUAAGUAACAGUGUGAAAUUAUUUAUUUGGUGUUUUGUGGCUGUGUGCAUGCUGCCAUAAGGGUUCUGUAGAUGAGUGGGGGGCUCUGUGUAUUUGACCAGAGGUGGCAGAUGGCUAGAGGUAAUCCAUGAGCCUGCUUCAUAAGCUUUCUGAUAUUUAGGCAUUAGCCUUUAAAUGUUGGUUUUAUCAAAUUUUACAUGCUCCUCAAGGAGGGAAAAUGAAUUCAGCUGGAUGGCCAUGUUGAAAAUCAUUUAGCAGUUGCCUUCAGUAUUAGUAAGCACUGGAGAACAAGACUGGAAUCUGUUUACUACCUAACCCAAGGCUAGGUAGUCAGUGUGGGAAGUAAACCAGUAGAGGAUCUUGCCAAGAGCUGCCACUAAAACUGUUGUUUGUCACCCUAAUCAAAUUCUUGUCUGCUGACCCAGAAACUCUCCAAUCACAUUGCUAGGAACAAGGAGUUGGUUUAAACUCUGUGAUGUGACUUGGGUGAUUUUGAAGAGGAAAGCACUUCUCACUGAAGAGCUCUUUAGAUGGAAAAGAAAACUUUGUGUCCCUUAUGCAUUUGGCAAAAGGGAAAGAAACGUCCUCUGUGGGGAGAUUAUGAAAGACCAGCUUUUAGUGUCUGUGUGCCUCCAGUGAUAACGAUCCUGUGUCCCAGGCAAGAGCCCAUAGGUCCAAAGCUCACACCUCCACUGCUGAUCCUGCACUGGUUGUGUCUGCUACAGACUCCAACAGUGCUUAAGCCAGGAGACGGACGUGUGGGAUCUGAUGGUUUCAUUCUAAUCUCUGCUUUUGCUUGCUUGUGGCCUUAGGUGAGUUAAUGCCUGUCCACAACAUCUGUACUGUGUACUGCUGCUGCUACACAAAGGGAGCUUCUAGGCUUUGCUGAAGGAAGAUGGCUUUUUGGACACAGCUGGGAUUGCUGCUAUGGAAGAACUUUACCUACAGAAGAAGACAGACUUUCCAGCUGCUGAUCGAAGUUGCCUGGCCUCUGUUUAUCUUCUUCAUCCUGAUCUCUGUAAGACUUUCAUAUCCGCCCUAUGAGCAGCAUGAAUGUCACUUUCCAAAUAAAGCUAUGCCCUCAGCAGGAACCUUGCCAUGGAUACAGGGGAUCAUCUGCAAUGCCAACAACCCAUGUUUCCGCUACCCAACUCCUGGGGAAUCUCCUGGUAUUGUUGGAAACUUCAAUGCCUCCAUUGUUUCCCGCCUGUUCUCGGAUGCCAGGAGGUUACUGUUGUACAGCCAACAGGACACAAGUAUAAAGGAUGUCCAGAAGGUCCUGGGAAAACUACGCAAGUUGGGAAAUUCCUCUGGCUUAGACUUGAAACUUCGGGAUUUCCUGAUUGACAAUGAGACAUUCUCUGACUUCCUUCAUCAUAAUGUGUCCAUGCCAUCAUCUUCUGUAGAGGAGCUACUGGAUGCAGGGGUCAACCUCCAGCAGGUCAUUUUGUCUGGUUAUCGAAUGCGACUGAGAGAUCUCUGCAAUAGCUCAACAUUGUCUGAAUUUCUAAUGAUCCAAAAUCAGAUGGCAGCCAUGGACUCUGAAGCCUUCAUUUGCACCUUGUCAAAGGAAAAAUUCCGUGCAGCUGAGCAAGUCUUCCGUGCUAACCUGAAUCCUUUGAAGCCUCUUCAGAGACAACUUUCUUUCAAUUCCUCCUUGUGGGAUCUGUCAGAAACUGUGGAAACGUUGAGAGAGAGUAUUGGGAAGCUUGUUAAAGAGCUGCUGAGCAUGAAGAGCUGGAGUGACAUGAGGCAAGAGGUGAUGUUCCUGACCAAUGUGAAUGCCUCAAACUCCUCUACGCAGAUCUAUCAGGCUGUGUCACGCAUCGUGUGCGGCCAUCCUGAAGGUGGAGGGCUCAAAAUUAAAUCCCUCAACUGGUAUGAGGAUAACAAUUACAAAGCACUGUUUGGAGGCAACAGCACUGAAGAUGAUGUGAUUAACUUCUAUGAUAACUCCACAACACCCUACUGCAAUGAGCUAAUGAAGAACCUGGAAUCCAGCCCGCUUUCCAGGAUUAUCUGGAGGGCUUUGAAACCCUUGCUGAUUGGGAAGAUCUUGUACACUCCAGAUACGCCAGCUAUAAGGAAGGUCAUGUCUGAGGUUAACAGGACAUUCCAGGAGCUGGGUGUGUUUCGUGACCUCGGGGGAAUGUGGGAGGAGAUAAGCCCAAAGAUUUGGACCUUUAUGGAAAGUAGUCAGGAAAUGGAUCUCAUUCGGACGUUGCUGAAAGGCAAAGCCCUCUGGGACCUGCACUUGCCAGCUUCCAACUGGACAGUGGAGGAUGUUGCCCGUUUCCUGUCAAACAGUCCAGAGGACUUUGAGACAGAAAAUGGCUCUGUGUACACUUGGGUGGAUGCCUUCAAUGAGACAGACCGGGCUAUCCAGACCAUCUCCCGCUUCAUGGAGUGUGUCAACCUGGAUAAACUGGAGCCUGUGCCCACAGAAGUCCGGCUCAUUAACAAGUCCUUGGAACUUCUGGAUGAAAGGAGGUUCUGGGCUGGCAUAGUCUUCACUGAAAUAGCUCCUGACAGCACAGACCUUCCUCAACAUGUGAAAUACAAGAUCCGCAUGGACAUUGAUAAUGUGGAAAGGACCAACAAGAUCAAAGAUGGGUACUGGGAUCCUGGUCCCCGUGCUGACCCCUUUGAGGACAUGCGCUAUGUCUGGGGAGGCUUUGUCUACCUGCAGGAUGUGGUAGAACAGGCCAUCAUCAGGGUUCAGACAGGCACGGAGAAGAAGACAGGAGUUUAUGUGCAGCAGAUGCCCUACCCAUGUUAUGUGGAUGACAUAUUUCUGCGUGUCAUGAGCCGCUCCAUGCCUCUCUUCAUGACACUGGCUUGGAUCUACUCAGUGGCUGUGAUAAUUAAGGGCAUUGUGUAUGAGAAGGAAGCCCGGCUGAAAGAAACAAUGAGAAUUAUGGGACUUGACAAUGGCAUCCUUUGGUUAAGCUGGUUCAUUAGCAGCCUUGUCCCUCUCCUGAUGAGUGCAGGACUGCUGGUGCUGAUCCUGAAGAUGGGGAAUCUGCUGCCUUACAGUGAUCCUAGUGUGGUGUUCAUUUUCCUCUCAAUCUUCGGUGUUGUGACCAUCCUCCAGUGCUUCCUCAUCAGCACCGUGUUCUCCAGGGCCAACCUGGCAGCUGCCUGUGGGGGCAUUGUUUACUUCACACUGUACCUGCCUUAUGUGCUGUGUGUUGCCUGGCAGGACCACAUCAGCUUCUCACUCAAGAUUUUUGCGAGCCUGCUGUCUCCAGUAGCCUUUGGUUUUGGUUGUGAGUACUUCGCACUGUUUGAGGAGCAGGGAGUUGGUGUUCAGUGGGACAACUUCUUUGAGAGCCCAUUGGAAGAAGAUGGCUUUAGCAUCACCACAUCAGCUGUCAUGAUGCUGUUUGAUACCUUCCUGUAUGGAGUCAUGACCUGGUACAUUGAAUCUGUCUUCCCAGGCCAAUAUGGGAUUCCCAGACCCUGGUACUUUCCUUUCACAAAGUCAUAUUGGUUUGGGGAGGAACCACAGGACAGGCAGCACCCCCAUCCUGACCAGAAUGGGUCUUCAGAAGUCUGCAAGGAAGAAGAGCCGGUGCAUCUGAGUCUUGGUGUUUCCAUCCAGAACCUGGUCAAGGUUUACCGUGAUGGCAAGAAAGUUGCUGUAGAUGGUCUCACACUUAACUUCUAUGAAGGACAAAUCACCUCCUUUCUGGGACAUAAUGGAGCAGGAAAAACCACUACCAUGUCCAUUUUGACUGGCUUGUUUCCCCCAACUUCGGGUACAGCCUUCAUCCUGGGCAAAGAUAUCCGCUCUGAGCUUAGCACCAUCAGGCAGAACCUGGGUGUAUGUCCACAACACAAUGUGCUGUUUGACUUGCUGACUGUGGAGGAGCACAUCUGGUUUUAUGCUCGGCUCAAAGGGCUGCCAGAAAAGAAGGUGAAAGAGGAGAUGGAGCAGAUGGCAACAGAUGUUGGUUUGCCUCACAAACUGAAAGCUAGGACAAGCAAGCUCUCUGGUGGCAUGCAGAGGAAGCUCUCUGUUGCCUUAGCUUUUGUUGGUGGCUCCAAGGUUGUAAUUCUGGAUGAACCUACAGCUGGGGUGGAUCCUUAUUCUCGCAGAGGAAUAUGGGAACUGCUUCUGAAGUAUCGGCAAGGUCGCACUAUCAUUCUCUCCACGCACCACAUGGAUGAGGCAGAUAUUCUGGGAGACCGGAUUGCCAUCAUUUCUCAUGGCAAACUCUGCUGUGUUGGCUCUUCUCUCUUCUUGAAGAACCAGCUGGGAACAGGCUAUUAUUUGACCCUGGUCAAAAAGGAUGUAGAUUCCUCUCUGAGCUCCUGCCGAAACAGCAGCAGCACGGUUUCCUAUCUUAAAAAGGAUGACAGUGUCUCCCAGAGCAGCUCUGAUGCUGGCCUUGGCAGUGACCAUGAAAGUGACACAUUGACAAUAGAUGUGUCUGCAAUUUCAAAUCUCAUUACAAAACAUGUUCCUGAGGCAAGACUGGUGGAGGACAUAGGUCAUGAAUUAACCUAUGUCUUGCCAUACAAAGCUGCUAAAGAGGGAGCUUUUGUGGAGCUGUUCCAUGAAAUUGAUGACCGUCUUUCUGAUCUCGGCAUUUCCAGCUAUGGCAUCUCGGAAACUACUCUGGAGGAGAUCUUCCUGAAAGUGGCUGAUGAUAGUGGUGUGGAUGCAGAAACCUCAGAUGGUACAUUGCCAGCCAGAAGGAACAGACGUGUGUUUGGAGACAGACAGAGCUGCCUUCGUCCAUUUACAGAAGAUGAUGCAUUUGAUCCUAAUGACUCAGACAUAGAUCCAGCAGAAUCCAGAGAGACAGACCUUCUCAGUGGCAUGGAUGGGAAAGGCUCCUACCAAAUGAAGGGCUGGAAGCUCACCCAGCAGCAGUUCAUGGCUCUGCUAUGGAAGAGGAUGCUCAUUGCUAAGAGAAGCAGGAAGGGCUUUUUUGCCCAGAUUGUGCUGCCAGCUGUCUUUGUGUGUAUUGCUCUCAUGUUCAGCCUGAUUGUUCCUCCUUUUGGGAAGUAUCCCAGCCUGGAAUUGCAACCCUGGAUGUAUGAUGAGCAGUACACUUUUAUUAGCAACGAUGCUCCAGAAGAUGCAGGCACUCACAAGCUUUUGGAUGCCCUUCUUGAUAAGCCAGGGUUUGGGACACGCUGUAUGCAGGGACAUUCCAUCCUGGACACUCCUUGCACUGUGGGGCAGAAGGAAUGGGCCACUGCUUCAGUCCCAGAGUCAGUGCUGGAUAUCUUCCUGAAAGGCAACUGGAGCAUGGAGAAUCCUUCCCCAUCUUGUGAGUGUAGCAGUGAGAAGAUCAAGAAGAUGCUGCCUGUAUGCCCCCCUGGUGCAGGUGGCCUGCCACCCCCACAGCGUGAGCAAGACACAGCUGACAUCCUCCAGAAUUUGACAGGCCGCAAUAUAUCAGACUACCUAGUGAAGACCUACGCGCAAAUCAUCGGGAAAAGCUUAAAGAAUAAAAUCUGGGUGAAUGAGUUCAGGUAUGGUGGCUUUUCCUUGGGAGCCAGCAGUUCCCUCGUGCUUCCUCCAAGUCAUGAAGUCACUGACGCCAUUAAACAGGUGAAGAAAAUUUUGGAGCUGGCACAGGGAAGUUCUGGGGAUCGAUUUCUCAACAGUUUAUCAAGUUUCAUGAAAGGCCUGGAUACAAAGAACAAUGUGAAGGUGUGGUUUAACAACAAGGGCUGGCAUGCCAUUGCAUCCUUCCUGAAUGUGAUCAACAAUGCCAUCCUUCGGGCCAACCUCCAGCAGGGUGAAAAUCCCAGUGCUUAUGGGAUCACUGCCUUCAAUCAUCCACUCAACCUCACCAAGCAGCAGCUCUCUGAAGUAGCUCUGAUGACCACCUCUGUGGAUGUUCUUGUGUCCAUCUGUGUGAUCUUUGCCAUGUCCUUUGUUCCUGCCAGCUUUGUGGUUUUCCUUAUUCAGGAACGUGUCAGCAAGGCUAAACACUUGCAGUUCAUCAGUGGUGUGAAGCCUGUUAUCUACUGGCUGGCCAACUUUGUGUGGGAUAUGUGCAAUUACAUUGUUCCAGCCACACUAGUUGUCAUCAUCUUCAUCUGCUUCCAACAGAAGUCCUAUGUAUCCUCCUCCAACUUGCCUGUGCUGGCUCUCCUCCUGUUUCUCUAUGGGUGGUCCAUCACCCCUCUCAUGUAUCCAGCCUCCUUUGUGUUCAAAAUCCCCAGCACAGCAUAUGUUGUGCUGACCAGUGUGAAUCUCUUCAUUGGCAUCAAUGGGAGUGUGGCCACCUUUGUCCUGGAGCUCUUCACCAACAAUAAGCUGAAGGACAUCAAUGACAUCCUGAAAUCUGUCUUCCUCAUCUUCCCUCACUUCUGCCUGGGCCGGGGACUCAUUGACAUGGUGAAAAACCAGGCUAUGGCUGAUGCUCUGGAGAGAUUUGGAGAGAAUCGGUUUGUGUCCCCUCUGUCAUGGGACCUGGUGGGAAGGAAUCUCUUUGCCAUGGCUGUAGAAGGUGUGGUGUUUUUUCUCAUCACAGUGCUCAUCCAGUACAGGUUCUUCAUCAAACCCAGGCCUGUCUAUGCCAAACUGCCUCCUGUGAAUGAUGAAGACGAGGAUGUAACCAGAGAGAGGCAGAGGAUAAUUAGUGGAGGAGGACAGAGUGACAUUUUGGAAAUCAAGGAGCUAACCAAGAUUUACAGAAUGAAGAGAAAGCCAGCAGUUGAUAGGAUCUGUGUUGGAAUCCCCCCUGGAGAGUGCUUUGGACUCCUGGGAGUAAAUGGUGCUGGCAAGUCAUCCACUUUUAAGAUGCUAACUGGUGAUACAGAUGUGACGGGAGGAGAAGCUUUCCUCAAAGGAAACAGUAUCUUGUCCAACAUCCAAGAAGUUCAUCAGAACAUGGGCUACUGCCCACAGUUCGAUGCUGUUAAUGAACUGUUGACAGGGCGAGAGCACUUGGAGUUCUUUGCUCUCCUGAGAGGUGUUCCAGAGAAAGAAGUCUGCAAGGUUGGCGAGUGGGCAAUUCGGAAACUGGGCCUUGUGAAAUAUGGAGAAAAAUAUGCUGGGAAUUACAGUGGAGGGAACAGACGCAAGCUUUCCACAGCCAUUGCCCUCAUUGGAGGGCCACCUGUGGUGUUCCUGGAUGAGCCAACAACAGGGAUGGAUCCCAAAGCGCGUCGCUUCUUGUGGAACUGUGCUCUGAGUGUAAUCAAGGAGGGGAGAUCAGUGGUGCUCACAUCUCACAGCAUGGAAGAAUGUGAAGCUCUGUGCACUCGAAUGGCAAUAAUGGUCAAUGGGCGAUUCAGGUGUCUGGGCAGUGUCCAGCACCUAAAAAACAGGUUUGGAGAUGGUUACACCAUAGUGGUGAGAAUUGCAGGGGCAAACCCAGACCUGAAGCCUGUUGAGGAGUUCUUUGGGCAUGCCUUCCCUGGAAGUGUCCUAAAGGAAAAACAUCGGAAUAUGCUGCAGUACCAACUUCCCUCUUCACCAUCCUCCCUGGCCAAAAUAUUCAGUAUUCUCUCCCAGAACAAGAAGAGACUCCACAUAGAAGACUACUCCGUUUCUCAGACCACACUUGACCAAGUUUUUGUAAAUUUUGCUAAGGACCAAAGUGAUGAUGACCAUACUAAGGAUCUGUCAUUGCACAAAAACCAGACUGUGGUAGACAUUGCAAUCCUUAACUCCUUCCUGCAAGAUGAGAAGGUAAAAGAAAGUUGUGUGUGAGCCAAUUUCGUCAAAGAGAUGAUGAGCAGAAUGCAAACUUCCUUUUCCUGGGAUAAGAUACUCCCAAAGAAGCUAGAGGAAAAGCAACUGGACACUCUACUGAUAACCAUUCAAUGCAAUGCAAUUCAAUGCAAUGAAAACAAUUCCUUUACAGGGGCAGUGCCUCAUGGAGUCGUCUUGUACUGUUCUCCAGUGAAAGACUUGAACUUAGCUCAUUACAGUAUAACUCUGAAGCUGUGGUAAAGCACCCACGAGAUGCUGUGGGCUUUCAACUAUACUGUAUCUUGUUCUGUACAGUAUAUUUUUAUUAGGGUUACUAAAAUAAUUCAUUGAGAAAUCAUGGCCAGUGGUUAUUUACAGAUAUUUGGGACUUGCAUGUUUUAGUCUUUAGAACAUUCAUGUCAGGAGUGGGAAUGUGCUGGUGCUAUAUCCAUUGCUGGCAAUGAAUGCACCAAAACAGUCCAUGGCAAGAAAAGUCACCACCAGUGUUGUAGCCCUAGGUUGUAAAAACUUACCUGUAAAAACUUACAAGCUGGCUUUCUCUAGGCUGGUGUAGGUCAGUGGUGACACAGCUGAGGCCACGAAGCAGUACUGUGCAGGUGGGAUGGCAAGAGACAGGCCAUCAUAACCACACAUCUUCGUCAGCAAGUGGCGAUACACAGAACUGUGAACCCUCCAAAUGCGUGAUUGUCCCACCAGCAUCACAAUCAACAACAUACUCUGACCAGGUGUUUGUGCAGUUCAGUACUUUCCUGCUCCUCUGAGGUACUGUUGCAGCUGCAUGAACAUCUAAUAGAAAGAAGUGGGUGAAAAGCAGACAUAGGGUUUGGACCACAGCAGCAAACUCAGUAGUUGUACAAGCUGCUAAUGCCAAGAGCAAAUUCUAAAUCAUGAGCUGUCGCUCAGAUUUGUAAUAUCUGCUCUUUAACCCCUGCUUUGCACCAGAAAGGUACCCAACAUCUGGAAUUACUGCUUAGCACAAGCAUGUUGCUGGUCUGGCUUUGCCAGAUAAAACUAGAAAUGAGAUGUAGAUUUUUUUUUUUAAACAGUAUUAUUUAUGACUUUAAAUAGGUAGGUAGCAUAAUUAGGGAUUGGAAAUGCUUUCAGUUGAUCUUUGUAGCCAUGGUAUUUCUUUACAUUAUGCCUGUAAUGCUAUGCUCUCUUUCUGUCCACAUGGGUGGAUAGCUGCAUUCAUGAUCUGACCAUGUUCCAGAUUCUAGCAAUCAGCUGCUAUCUGCAAACAACUGCAAGUUGUUCACCUAAAAUUUUCCUGUUUGGAAACUGGUGUAACAUUAAUGUGUAAGUUUCUGCUUCUGUUGUGCAGUGUAGUUUCAGUCAUUAGGUGAUCCCUAACUGGAGUAUACACCUUUAUUAUACAUGUGACAAACAACUGUUUCAGUAAAAAAUCCCCCUGAAGAACAAGAGAGUUCAAGAUAGUAGUGCUACAGUUCAUCAGUCAAGUUUUUCAAGUUUUACAAAGCCAGACUAAUAUUAAAGGGGAAAUUAUAUAGUAAGAACAACCAAUUCUUGUUCACAUUGUACAACGGUCAUGGGAGAGUAUGCUUUUAGGGCCCCUUUGUGUUGCUUUUACAUUUGAAAAUUGGUUCAGUAAUGUGGUUUGAAAACAAGUGCAGUUCCUGAGCUGUUCCUGUAUGCCAUGCCUCUGCCUUAAAUACCCACAGAGGUUCUGCACUAGUUUUGAUGCUACUCCAUGAAUCAGUCAUGGACCAUUUUCUUCUGUGAAUGACCAUAGCAGCCCAGCAAAUACUGGCAUAAGCCUGAAGAAGGUUAAUUACAUAUUUCCAAGUAUACUUGGUAACACUGACCAACUCAAUAUUUUUAAAACACAGUUAAUCUAAGUUCCUUGUCCCUCUGUGUCCUGCCUUGAGGUAAAGUAAGAGCUUGGUUCAGGCUCUGCUGAAGUGCCUUUUUCAUACUUUUUUUUUUUUGUCUGUAUAAUUCAUUGCUAAGGGGAUUGAGAAAAGGAGUGUAAAGGGGAUUGGUAUACCUCACUGAAAACAUACUUUGUUAUUACCUUUAUGACAUCAUCACUCUAUGGGGAUGAGUUACGGGGUGAUGAAUACACCAGACUUCCAGGUGCAGAAACAGCAGAGCUACAACCAUGACUACUCCAGAACCCGCUGCAAGUAUGUUGCCAUAUCAUUUAAACAAGUAGCAUGUCCUGGAGGCUUGCCACUGCUAGAAGUUGCUAUUACAAAUCAGCAUUACAUCGAGUGAAGUGAAGGGCUAAUGUUUUGCACUGCACCAAACUAGUGCAUGUAGAGCUAGAACGAGUUCUAGGAGGAUUCAGAUUUGGUCCUGAAAGGGCUGUGGUUUGCUCUUGGUAACUGCUCAUUUAAAUUAUUCAUGUAUCAGGAAACAACAGUUACAUGGUAAUAUACUUCCCUCAGCCCACCAAAAAGAUUCUUGAUUUCUAUUGCCCCAUGACUGUCAUGCUUACAGGGUCUGCUAUCUGUGACAAAAUAUUGCAGUAAAUGUGGAUAUUAACCAAACUACUUCACAGCUCUGAUCUACAUUGUUUGUACUGAACAGACAGCAUAAUGCAACACUGGCAUGAAGAUUGGUCAUGGAAUAUGUUCAGACAGCCACUAAUUUUUACUGAAGUAUGUGUUGGGGAAAAAUCACUCUAGAGUCAUACACAUUAUAUGAACCACUUUUGAUAAUGAAACUACACUGAGGUGUUAACUUAUUUUAAACUUCAGUACUAUUGACAUGUUGCAUCCCUCUUUGUAGUACAUUUGUAUUUCAGUAAGGAGUUGUUGUAUUUUCCCCAUGGUUAAACAACCACUGUUGAGCUUAUCUUUCCCUCCUGAAUUAUAGUUGGUCCUUCGUUCCAAGCACUUUAUGCUAUCUGUAAUGGGAUCUAUUUUUGCACUGGAAUAUCUGUUAACUUUGCAAAAAUCUACAGAGAUUUCACAACGGAAAUUUCUAAGUUAAAUCCUUAAAUGGAUGUUUUCAUUAAAAGCAAAAAAAAAAAAAGUAUAUAUAUUUGUAUUUGCUAAUAUCUGUUAUAUGAAGUAUUAAAAGGCACUCUAAUUGCCUUGUAUUAAGUAAAAAAUAAAGCUGUUAUAGCACCA